AUGAAGCGUCGCACAACGUAUAGCAGCAAGAAGAAGAUGGAAUUGGUGAGGUCUAUUCGCGAGGGAGGCAACAUUGAAGCUAUUGGCGAGGAGAGCGGUGUUCCAGUUCGAAACUUGUUCCGGUGGGUUGGAGAGGACGUUAAUUGGCGUGAGAACGGGAAUAAUGGCCCCUACAGCUUCAGCAAACGGCGCGGACCUGAUCCCACUCUGCCCAAGGAAGCCGAAAAAAGUAUUCACGAAUGGGUUGUGGGUCAACAAGUUGAGGGAGCUCCGGUUGGAAGGAAGGAUAUCGUCAGAAAAGCUCAACAGAUUUCAAAGCUAGUUACAGGCGAACCAGUAGGCAUGGGAUGGCACCGUCGGUUUAAAGGAAGAUUUCAUGACUUGAGCUCUCGUGCUUCUCAGUCGGUGUCAAAGUUCUUUGGCUAA